AAUUAAUCAUCACUGAUCAGGUUAAAGAAAUGACUGCAGAAAAAGGGAAAAGAAAGCUUCUAAAUUCUCCGCCCUUCCCCUCUCGCUGGACAAGUAGUCCAUCGAGUGAGAUGAAUGGCGCUCUGCCCAUCUCUCUGCUCUAGGUUGACUGCAAAAGAGAAGCGAGAUCCCAACGAAAGAGAGUGAAAGAGAUCUUUCCCCUUCUUGGUACUCAAAAUCUUGCUUCUUCUUCUUCUUCUUCUUCUUCUUUGUAGUUGCUCUCUCUCUCUCUCUCUCCCCGUUCUUUGGCCCAUAGAUUGGCUCUUAGAAUGACGGAAGAUCCUACAGAAAGAGAGUGAAAGUUAUUUUUCUUCUUGGUUGGUACCCGACAGUCUUGUUCCUUUUCCGUCUCUGUACUAGUAGCAGCUGUUGUUUGCUGUGGUGGUGUUGGAGGGAGGAGGUGGGAUGAUGGAGAGGAAGCAGAGUUUCUUCUCUGCGCUUAAGGAGGAAGUGGUGCGGGGACUCUCGCCGGCCAGGUCCAGGGCGAAGAGUCCGGCGAGGAGUUCAUCCCCCAUGGGUUCGCUUCUCCGCCGGAAGAAGUCGUGGCCGUCACCGGACCCGCUGAUCGUUCGGUCCGGUAGCCUCCGGCCAGCUGGGGAGGCGCUUGCGCCGCUCAUGGAGGGGCCGGACCCUGAGGCGUCGCGGGAUGGAGAGGGCGGGAGAAAGGAAGGGUGGGUGGGUAUACAGCAUUGGAUGAAAGGCCAGCUUCUCUCGAGGGCUCCAUCCGUCUCGUCGUCGGCCUGUAGCAAAAGGUCCGACCUCCGGCUGCUGCUUGGCGUUAUGGGGGCGCCUCUCGCGCCCGUUCAUGUGAGCGCCAUUGACCCUCUGCCUCAUCUCUGCAUUAAGGAUACCCCAAUUGAAACAUCUUCUGCUCAGUAUAUUUUGCAGCAAUUCACUGCUGCAUCUGGUGGGUUGAAACUGCAGAGCUCAAUCAGAAAUGCUUAUGCCAUGGGGAAGUUGAAGAUGGUGGCAUCCGAAUUUGAGACUGCAACGAAAGUUAUGAAGAACAAGAAUCCUUCAAGAGCUACAGAAACUGGUGGAUUCGUUUUGUGGCAAAUGAUGCCAGACAUGUGGUAUGUUGAACUUGCAGUUGGUGGUAGUAAGGUUCAUGCUGGUUGCAAUGGGAAGCUUGUCUGGAGGCAUACACCAUGGCUUGGUGCCCAUGCCGCAAAAGGGCCUGUGAGACCUUUGCGCCGUGCCCUUCAGGGGUUAGACCCUAGAACAACUGCAAGUAUGUUUGCGGAUGCCAAAUGCAUCGGAGAGAAGCAAAUAAAUGGAGAAGAAUGUUUCAUCCUUAAGCUUUGUGCUGAUCCUCAGACGCUCAAGGCUAGGAGUGAAGGGCCUGCGGAGAUAAUAAGACAUGUUCUAUUCGGUUAUUUCAGCCAGAGGACAGGCCUUCUGGUGCAUAUGGAGGACUCACACCUCACUCGAAUUCAGUCAAACGGCGGAGAUGCUGUCUACUGGGAGACAACCAUCAAUUCUUUCCUUGAAGACUACAGGCCAGUUGAAGGAGUGAUGAUUGCUCACUCAGGACGAUCGGUGGUUACGCUUUUCAGGUUUGGGGAGAUGGCAAUGAGCCACACCAAGACAAGGAUGGAGGAGGUAUGGACAAUUGAAGAAGUGGUAUUCAAUGUGCCUGGACUAUCCAUGGAUUGUUUCAUUCCUCCAGCCGAUAUUAGAUGUGGAUCAAUCGGUGAAGCAUGUGAACUUCCCCGUGGAGAAAGAGGGAAGGGCAUGGCAGGCUCUCAUCGAUCCAAGGUUGCUGCCUUGGAGAAACCACAAGACAAUGUCGAUAACAUCAUAUGGAGGGUGGAAGUAUGAUAGGCAAGCAAAGGCCCAAAUACUGAAACCAGUUGUUCAUACCGGUAGUGUAGUUCACUGACUCUGUGGUAGCUGAUGGCGGUUGACAAUUGAUCCAGAUAAGCGAAUUGGUUAGGUUGCAGAUAGAGUAUAACCAAUCACAGGUGUUCCAGCUAAUGAUUCUCACAUCAGAUGGAAAAACUCGCUGCUUUUCCUCGUGUUCAUCAAUUUGGCGUCUGGGUCAGUGAUGGAUGAUCAUGUGUGGAGGUUUGGUGUUUUUUGUGUGCCUCCCAUGCCUCAAGGAGAUGGUGGUGAGCCUUUAUUAUCAUUUACUUUCAGUAACAGCUAACCCUGUUGAUUCUACUAACUUCUGAAGUCGGAUAACCAAUCUGUUCAUUCAACCCGUAUGCCUGUUUGUGCGACUGUGAGCCAACACUCGCCUUUAUUUGUCUUUCAGUCUGACUGUUCUUGGUGUUGAUUGGUGAUAGCUAAGCUACUGUCUUUUGGGUUUGAGAAGAAAUAGUUUUCUCUGGAUCAGCAGCAGGAGAAGCAUUAAAGGAUAAUGAAGCAUCUCAUCUGCUUUCCGACAGCUUGUAGAGAAACCUGUUUCAGUCAAUCCCUCUGUGUAAUUUCUCUUUUUCUGUCUUUUGUUACUCUGGUGUCAAGGUGGGGUGAAAAAUGUAAAACAGACAAGUUGGUCUAUCAAAGGGUAUUGGAUGUUUUUACCUUUUUAAUAUAAAUAUGAACAUCUCAUUUUCGUGCUUUGGGAAA